AUUCGUGGUAGUGUCCAUUGCCCGGAAAGCUUGCUCUGGAGACUAUCCGAACUGCCAAAACCGACCGCUCCCUUCCGCCCCCCUCCCAGCUCCCAUCACCACAAUCACAGCCAUGGCUAACCGACGGCCUCAGUUCAACCAGCAGUUCCAGGUCGACACGACCCCUCUGCCCGACGACAUUCCCAAGGUCAAGGAGAUUGGUGCCAGCUCGGCGCCUCUUCUGUCGGCGUCCUACUUCAUCGGCGCCCGUUGCCGCGAAUACAAUGACGACUUCAUGCAGUGCAAGACGGACAGCGCGGGCCGCGGCGAGUUCGAUUGUUUGAAGGAGGGCCGUCGGGUCACCAGAUGCGCCUCCAGCGUGCUGAAGGAUAUCAACACUCACUGCCUCGAGCAGUUCAAGGCCCACUGGACCUGCAUCGAGAACCGCAACCACCAGCUCUACCAGUGCCGACCAGCCGAGUGGAAGCUCAACAAAUGUGUCUACGAGAACCUGAAACUCGAAAAGAACAUCCCCGACCAGCGCCCCGGCGUCACCCCCGUCGAGCUCCGCCACCACAUGAUCUACGCCGACCAAGCCAUUAACACCCUCGAGGGCAAGCCCUUCAUCCCCCCGUCAAAGCAACAAGCAUCGUAGAGGUAUAGCAAGAGAGCAGACGGCGAUAUGGGGGGUUUUGGCGACUUCUUCCGCGUGAGCGCGCGGAGGGGACUUUGGGUGCUUUGUGUUGAAGAUGUAGGACUCGGAACUAGGCGAUAGAAAACGCUGUGUACAUAUGUCAUCAAUCAGAGUUGGGAUCAAACCAAUGGCUUCACUUUUAUCAGAACAACAUCUUUCCGACCUAUUUCAGAUGUGUCCCACUUGGUCUGAUGUAUACUACAGCUUUAGUCAAAUGCUCGUACUUCAAUGUUCUACGUUCGAGAGAGGGCCCUGGGAAGCACGCAGAUGGUUUCUCGUCAGACAUCAGCGACUCACUCUAUGUUGAUAUCGCG